AACAAAACAACAAACAAAACCCAUUUCUCCCCCUUUCAGCCAUGGCUGCAGAAGGAAGUAGAAUCAGCAUCCUCUGUUUUUUCACCACCCUCCUCUGUUUUUCCCUCCAAACUUCCGAAGCUAAAGUCCGGCACUACAAGUGGGAAGUGAAGUACGAGUUCAAGUCUCCCGAUUGCUACAGAAAGCUCGUCAUCACCAUCAACGGCGGCACCCCGGGACCCACAAUCAUCGCCCAGCAGAACGACACCGUCGUCGUCGACGUCAAGAACAGCCUGGGCACCGAGAACCUGGCCAUCCACUGGCACGGAAUCCGGCAGAUCGGUUCGCCGUGGGCCGACGGGACCGAAGGCGUCACGCAAUGUCCCGUUCUUCCCGGUGACACUUUCAGAUACAAGUUCGUCGUUGACAGGCCUGGAACGUACCUGUACCACGCGCAUUACGGGAUGCAGAGGGAGUCGGGUCUGUACGGGUCGAUUCGGGUUUCGGUUCCGACCGGGGAGUCGGAGCCGUUUGCGUACGACUACGACCGGAGCAUCAUUUUGAACGAUUGGUACCAUAAGACGCCUUACGAGCAAGCUGCAGGGUUGUCCGCCAAGCCAUUCGUCUGGGUCGGAGAGCCUCAGUCACUAUUGAUCCACGGGAAAGGAAGGUUCAACUGCUCGACACCAGGACUCGGACUAGAACCCGCCACCUGCAACAACACAAACCCAGAAUGCUCCCCGUACACCAUGACCGUCGUCCCGGGAAAGACCUACCGGCUUCGAAUCGGCAGCCUGACCGCCUUAUCGGCGCUCAGUUUCCAGAUAGACGGCCACAACAUGACCGUCGUCGAGGCCGACGGUCACUACGUCGACCCGUUCGUCGUCCAGACGCUCUACAUCUACUCAGGCGAGACAUACUCUGUUCUGAUCCGAACCGACCAGAACCCGACCCGAAAUUACUGGAUCGCCACCAACGUCGUCGGCAGAAACCGCACGACUCCGCCGGGAAUUGGGGUUCUCAAUUACUACCCGAAUCACCCGAAACGAUCUCCGCCCCCAAUUAACCUCCCGAGCGCCCCGAUUUGGGACGAUCGGAGGCCUAGGGUGGAACAGAGUCGGGCGAUCCGGGCCCGACCCGGCCACGUACACGACCCGCCCCGGAGUUCGGAUCGGGUUAUUGUGACGCUGAACACCCAGAACGAGAUCGACGGGUUCCGCCGCUGGUCGGUGAACAACGUCUCCUUCAAUCUGCCACACACGCCGUACUUAAUCGGGCUGAAGCACAAAUUGCUACACACUUUCAGCCAGAUUCCGCCUCCGGAAGACUACGACCGGGCGAGAUUCGACGUUACGAGCCGGGCCAGGAAUUCGAACCCGAACGCGACGGUCGGCGACGGGGUCUACCGGCUGAAAUUCGGGUCGACGGUGGAUCUGAUCUUGCAGAACGGGAACACGAUGGUACCGAACAACAGCGAGACCCACCCGUGGCAUCUCCACGGGCACGAUUUCUGGGUUUUGGGUUACGGGGAAGGGGAGUUCGACCCGAAAAGGGAUCCGAAGGGUUACAAUCUGGUGGAUCCGAUUAUGAAGAACACGGUGCCGGUUCAUCCGUACGGGUGGACGGCGCUGAGGUUCAAGGCGGACAACCCUGGGGUUUGGAUGUUUCAUUGCCACAUCGAGUCCCAUUUCUAUAUGGGGAUGGGAGUGGUUUUCGAGGAAGGGAUUGAGAUGGUCGGGGAUUUGCCGGCGGCGAUCGGCGGGUGUGGAGAAACUAAAGGCCUCAAGCUCCAUGGGAAGCCAUAGGACCAAUUUAUUUUUUUAUUUUUUAACUAUAGAUUCUUUGUUUUCACAUGAUUUGUUGUACGAAGUAAAUAUUGAUGGUUUGCGUUCUUAGUUCUUACUCUGGAUUAUAACUUAUAAGACCACCAUGGUGAUUUAAUAGUUGUCUUUGUAUAGAGGUAAGGAGGAAAAAUAUAGGUUUAGAGGAGAGUCGGGCAAAUUUCUCGGGGUUAACGCGAUUUGCUAGGCAGUAGUUAAUACUUGGGGUGUCAGUUGGUCGGUUUUGGUUUAACCGAAAAUCGAAUUCUCGGUUAUCGGUUAAACCGAGCGAUCACCCCCGGCUACCGACCACUGACCGUGAGAGAUACAGUGGUUAGCCGACCACCGACCGAUCGAUUGGCCGAUUUUGGUUCGGUUAGUCCCAAGCCCGAAAACCACACCCUAAUCUAAAAAAAAAAUUAAAAAAAAAAAUCCAAAAACCCUCCCACCACUCAUUCUUUAUCUUCUCAAUCCUUCUCUCUCCUUAAACUUUUUCCAUUCAAACCCUCUACCACCACUUACUGAUUAUCUCCUCCGUCUCUCUCCUCCAUCUUUCUAUCUCCUUUCUUUU